GAUCCAUCCACUCGGUUUUUCACCGCAAGGCAGUAGUGAGCCAUCCACUAAUCCAGCCACACAGUUACAGUAAUUCAGAGCGACGUCAAGCACCACGACCACCACCAGUCCACCACCACCACCUCGUGCUCGAGCUCCAAGAAGCCAUGGCGAAGCGCCGCCGCUCGUCGUCGUCCCUUCCCCUGGCCCUGCUGCCGCCGCUGCUGCUGCUGCUUCUACUUGCAGCCGGAUCGCUCGCAGUGGCAGCCGCGCUUGACAGCUCCCCGGAGGCACGUCGUGGUCGAAGCCUGCAGCAGCUGCCAACCCCUGUGCCACAGCCGCAGCCAACCCCAGUGCCACAGCCCCUGCCGCAACCAAAUCCAAAUCCAAACCCACAGCCGCAGCCCCUUCCACAGCCCGAUCCAAACCCACAGCCUCUGCCUCAGCCCCUACCGCAGCCCGAUCCAAACCCACAGCCUCUGCCUCAGCCCCUCCCACAACCACAGCCAGGCCCAAUCCCGCCGCAGCCUCUGCCGCAGCCCGACCCAAACCCACAGCCCGUACCACAGCCCCUCCCACAACCACAGCCAGGCCCAAUCCCGCCGCAGCCUUUGCCGCAGCCUGACCCAAACCAGCCUCUGCCACAGCCGCAGCCGGCACCGGGGACCCAACCUGUUUCGACCCAAAAUCCACAACCGCAGGCUGACCAGCUCUCUGGAGGUCCGCAGCCACUCUCGGACGGCGGAUUAAGAAUGUUGAACCUGCAGUACGUGAAGUACAUAUUUUUAGAUCUUAUCGUUCUGAUACUGUAACUCUACACUGUACUUUUUUUCUUUUAUUUUUUUCUUACGCAUGGAGUGGUAAUAGUAAAGUCAUUUUUUCUUAUGUUUUGCGAGAGUGUAUGCCAUGCAACGUGCCUGUAUAGGUUAUUAGUACUAUCAUUUUCAUAUUUUGAUGUACCUUGAUUGUAUAUGAUUAUAUAACUAUGUAGUGAGUUUGUCCGCUUGAGCUUAUC